GCAACUUGCACAGUUCCGGUUGCAGCUGAAGCAAGCAUCAUCAGGGAUCAGGGUUUCAGUUUUUUUAUUGUUCCCAUUUACUAAAAAUAAAGCCACCUAUUUAUUGGUCCGCCAGGGAUUUUCCAUCUUUUCUUUCAUUUUUCGUUUUAAAAGUAACAAUGAUUAAAGUGCAAGAAAUCAAAGACCAGGUUGAUAAGUCCUUAACUGACGAAUCAAAGCCAUGGACUCCGAUCUUUGCUCUCUUAGAAAGCAAAACUGGAGUCAAAAGAUCUUAUUUAUUUAGUGGAUUUGUGGGUUUUGUUGUGCUCUACUUGAUAUUUGGAUAUGCAGCGCAGCUUGUCUGUAACAUCAUCGGGUUUGUUUACCCGGCAUACUGUUCAAUAAGAGCUCUAGAGUCUCCAAACAAAGAAGAUGACACCAAAUGGCUGACUUACUGGACUGUUUUUGCAUUCUUAUCUAUCAUAGAGUUUCCCUCAGAAAUUAUCUUGCGAGUCAUUCCAGUCUAUUGGCUUCUUAAGUGCAUUUUCUUCAUUUGGUGUUACUUACCCAUUGAAAACAAUGGUUCUAUCAUCCUCUAUCGCAGAUUAGUUCGGCCCAUGUACCUCAAGUACCAAAACAAUAUUGAAGAUGUAACCUCUAAAUUAACAUCCCAAGCUACCAAAUACAUUGCUAAAAAUUUGUUUGAAGAUGGUAAAAAGGGUGAAUGAGAUAGUCUCAGUUAUAUCUUCUGAAUGGUGUUGUGUGGUUAAAAGGACUGUUUUAUGGUAAUAUUUCUUCAAUUUCCAUUAUUUUAGGUAACUUUUGAAAUUUUUAUUUUUUCCCUGUUUAUUAGUAUCCAACAAAUGUAGCUAUAGUUAUAAAUUAAUCAAAUAUUUUUUUAAUCAGGGUGUCACAGGCUACUUUGAAUUGAAGUUCUGUACUGAGCAAUCAUUACUGAGCUGUUAUUCUGUUAGGUAUAUAAUAUUUUACAUCAAAUGAAAUUUUAAGAAAAUGAGUCAGUGUAUGAUAAUGUUGUUGAUUAGUGAUUAGUUUUAAUAUUAUUCCUCUUUGACAUUUUUCCAUCCAAGAGCCCUACAGGAACGAAUUCUCUUGACUUUAUUUUUGAUUCCUGACUAUUACUCAUUUUGAACAUUAUGGUCAUUUGGAAUAAGUUUUUUUUUUUUUAGCUAUUUGCAUACAUAUGGAAGCAAACUAUCUUUCCAUUAACGAUUCAUUAUCAAGUUACUUUCCCAUCAGGAAUCCGUGCUUUACUUAUGUUCAUUAAUGUACAAUGGGAAAUGCAUCACUCCAGUUGUUACAUUGCUUGAGUGCAAAGGAUCAUCUCUCGUUUUCCAUUAAGGCAUUGCCACCAGUGAACUUUUAAACUCGUUGUUCUGAAAUAGAUGACAUGGACCUCUAGACUUUCAUCUCUUUUGAAGUACCUCUUAGAGCAACGUGUAGUGUGGAAUUUAACUCAACCUUCCCCUGGCAUUUGUGCAAUUUGAGUUUCUUAAAACAGGGGUUCUCAUGGUGGAUUGCAGGUGCCAUUUCACAAAAUAGCAUCCUAGAUUAUUUGCAAGAAUUGUUUUUAUCUCAAACUUUUCAAGGCUGUAAGCAUGCUUUAAUCUACACAGUUGUGAUUCUCUGGUGGUACCAUGUACAUAUUCAUCUCAAAUAGAAGAUUUCUUCUCAAUGAAAUCUGUACUUGGAUGUGAAAAAUAACGCAUGAGUGCUUUUAAGUCAAUACGUAAACCUGUGUGUUUUGAUACUCUUUGUAAAAGUGAACUAGCGUUUGCACAGAUAGAUUUUUGCUAUUUUAUAUGCAUAGCCCUACUGUGAAAUAGAAGGACUGUAAUUUUGUUUUUAUAUUCUCUCCAAUGUUUUUUUUUAUCUUCAUCCUAAUGAAACUAAGAGAUAAAUAAAAUUACUGUAAAACUA